CAAGCAGCUCGUCACAUACCGGUGUUCAUUUCAGCAGCCAACGAAAAGACACCGCAAACAUGUCCAAAGAGAUGGAAGGGAAGAGCGAGAAAAUCAUGGACAUGGAGAGCAAGGUGCUGUGGUACCCGGACUCCAAGAAGAACACACAGAUGGACAAGUUUAGGAUACAGGUCAACGGAAACUACGGUCUUAAUCUGGCAAACUACACUGACUUGUACCAGUGGUCGGUGGACAACUAUCCAGAGUUCUGGGCAGAGGUUUUGCGUUUCUGUGGUGUGGUCUGUUCCAAACCAUAUGAGGAGGUGGUGGAUGCGUCCAAGCGGAUCUCAGAUGUUCCAGAGUGGUUUAAAGGGGCUCGCCUCAACUAUGCAGAGAACCUUCUCAAACAUGCAGACCAUGAUAAAGUGGCUCUUUAUGCUGCGCGUGAGUCAAAUGAUGAGAUUGUGAAGGUGACGUUUGGUGAGCUCAGGCGUGAUGUGGCGUUGUUCGCUGCAGCCAUGAGGAAGAUGGGUAUCCAGACUGGAGACAGGGUUGUAGGCUAUCUACCCAAUGGUAUCCAUGCAGUGGAGGCCAUGUUAGCUGCAGCCAGCAUCGGAGCCAUUUGGAGCUCCACGUCUGUGGACUUCGGAGUCAAUGGUGUCCUUGACAGAUUUUCUCAAAUCCAGCCCAAACUCAUCUUCUCUGUCGCCGCCGUGGUCUACAAUGGCAAAACACAUGACCACAUGGAAAAGCUUAUCAGUGUUGUCAAAGGUCUGCCCGACUUGCAGAAAGUUGUUGUUAUUCCCUACGCUCGCUCCAAACAUGGGACAGACCUCUCCAAGAUCCCUAACAGUGCAUUUCUAGAUGAUUUUUUGGCGUCCGGGUUUGGAGACAGUGAGCAGUUUCCGCAGCUGGAGUUUGAGCAGCUUCCAUUUAGUCACCCUCUGUUCAUCAUGUACUCGUCUGGAACCACAGGAGCUCCAAAAUGUAUGGUCCAUUCUGCUGGGGGGACACUCAUCCAGCACUUGAAGGAACACAUUCUCCAUGGCAACAUGACCAACAGUGAUGUCAUCAUUUACUACACAACGACAGGUUGGAUGAUGUGGAACUGGCUGGUGUCUGCUCUGGCAGUGGGAGCCUCAGUGGUUUUAUAUGAUGGUUCACCACUAAUGCCCACACCCGAUGUGCUGUGGAACCUGACAGACCAGCUGGGCAUCACUAUCUUUGGUACUGGGGCCAAGUGGCUGUCUGUGCUGCAGGAAAGGAACCUGAAACCCUCGGAAACGCACAACCUGCAGUCUCUCCACACCAUCCUGUCGACCGGCUCUCCUCUCAAACCUCAGAGCUACGAUUAUGUCUACCGCUGCAUCAAGAGCAACGUGCUGCUGGGCUCCAUCUCAGGUGGCACUGACAUAGUGUCAUGUUUUAUGGGUCAGAACCCCACAGUUCCAGUGUAUCGGGGCGAGAUCCAAACAAGAAACCUCGGCAUGGCUAUAGAAGCCUGGGGCCUCGAUGGUAAGCCUGUGUGGGGAGAGAGCGGGGAGCUCGUCUGCUUGAAGCCGAUCCCCUGUCAGCCAACACACUUCUGGAAUGACGAGAACGGCAGCAAAUACCACAAAGCAUACUUUUCUUCAUAUCCUGGUGUAUGGGCUCAUGGAGACUACUGUAAAAUCAACCCCAAGACUGGAGGCAUUGUCAUGCUGGGCAGAAGUGAUGGCACAUUGAACCCAAAUGGAGUCCGAUUUGGCAGCUCAGAGAUCUACAACAUUGUCGAGGCUUUCGAGGAAGUGUCGGAUAGUCUUUGUGUUCCUCAGUACAGUGCGGAUGGAGAGGAGCGAGUUAUAUUGUUCUUGAAGAUGGUGCCCGGUAAGCCCUUCUAUCCCGAGCUGGUGGCAAAAAUUAAAGGAGCCAUUAGAAAAGCUCUGUCUGCCCGACACGUGCCUGCACUGCUGCUGGAGACCAAAGACAUUCCUUACACCAUCAGUGGUAAGAAGGUGGAGGUGGCAGUGAAGCAGGUGAUUGCUGGACGAGAGGUGGCACAGAGAGGAGCUUUCUCCAAUCCUGAUUCACUGGACCUUUACAAGAACAUUCCCGAACUGCAGAACUUUUAGAGACGAGGCUUCACAGAGGUGGAGAGAAACGUUUUUAAUUUAUCUUCAUUUGCAUUUAUAGGUACAGGGAGACGUGCAGCUCAGAGUAUGAGGAUAGUUCACGCAAGGUACAGGGCAUGAAAGGAAAAAAACAACAAAAUCAAAAUGUUUAUAAGAGUAAUAUGCCUGUGGUAUCAGGCAGACAAGAAACACUAAGAUGUUACAUUACAUCUCCUUAAGCUAGCUUCCUAUCAAAUAUCUGUUGUGUGUGUGUGUGUCGCUGAUGAAAUGGAUUCAGCUUUGGCUGUAACAUAACGCGCAUGGCAGCACUUGUAAAUAAGCUCACACUCCAACGUCCCAGACAAUAGAGUGGAAUUUAUCGUCAAGUGUUUCGCUGUGGCUCCUCAGUCUAAUUAUGAUCAGUCAGUGAAGAACCUCAUAAUACAGCGGUUUCUCAGUCUAUGGGCUGCCUCCCUCAUUGGCUUCUUUUAAAGACUGAUUGCUUUACAGUGCUGCAACUACACGGUCACAUUUCGAAGGCUCCUCUUCUGUGGUGGCGGCCGACAAAUACUUCCCUCCAUCCCCAAACAACCCAGGAUCCAACAGAUGGAUCCCUCCUGGCGCAAGCUAUCCCAACAUUUGUUGCUUACAUGAGGGAAGUGUUUUGGAAGGAAAUACUGGAAACCAACAAAACACUUUUAAUUAUAGGUACCAGGCAAACGUUUCACUUGGCAAGAAGAUAAGGAGUCUUAAAGGUUAAAAUAUUUAGGCCUUCUGUUACGUGCUGCUACACUUAGUCCAGUCGCAGGUCUGUUGCUAGGCGACGACAGGACAGAUGGAACAAACUGGUGAUAGGGAAAUUCCCCACAGACCAGAGCGGCCCUCAUUGACCACAUAGGCCACACCCACCAAAGGAGGCACCACCUGAUCUGGGACACAGCUUCCGUUUUCAUGUCAUCAUAUCAUCAUGUGGUGUGUUGUGGCUGUUACUUUAACAAAUGUAUAUAUAAGUAUAUAUUUAUUUGGACUGUUAACCAAAGUUAUACGUUCUAGUGGGUCCUAACACCGAUGUAGUUGUAUUUAAACAACGCAAAUAGCACUAAACUUGCAUAACAUUUGUUCUAAACUAAAAACAAAUGACCGGACUUGACCUUUUUUUCUUUCAUUUGACUCACUCAGCCGUAAGUUUCAUCCGACAUCUCAUUUCACCCGAGACAUUAAUGGCACAAACCAAUUUGUGCUCCAGUGUCAUCGGAAAAUAAGCAAAUAUUGACGUCACCACUAAAGGCCUCUCUUGAUUAGUUCCAUAUCAGCGUCCAAUGUUUGUGUCCUGAGGUGACGCAGAACGGCCUGUUGGUGAAUUAUGUAUUAAAGCAAAGCAACAUCAGUGAUGUUUCAGGUUCACUUUUGAGGUUUGGGUCUUAAAGAUGGGGAAGGCAAUAUGUUUUUGGAGUUAUUGAUGAAUAAUUCCAUAGCAUCCUAUACAUGAAUACACUUUAACUAGUACACUGCAGUUCAUUUUUGAUGCCAUACUCAUUUUAUGGAAUAAGUGUAUGUCACUUUAAAGUGUCUGUCCAACAGAGCUGCUAUGGAAAACUGUACGUCCCUGGUUUCUUUGUAUCUUGUAGAAAUAUGAAGCAGAAGAUGUGUCAUAUUCCAACUAUUAGUUUUUUUUUUUAGAUGUUUAUGGGGUUGAAUGUUAAUAGAAUCUGGAUGGUACCUCCUAUUGAAAGGUUCAGAAGUCUCAAAUGUGCAUGUUUUUUCUAUUAUAGUGACAGGGAUCAAAAAUUCAUUUACAGUACAUUUUGCACACUUUGUAUAUGAGACAGCGGUUCAAGAUCUACUUUUAAUUUGUGUUGUAUGGAUGCAGGUUACGCUGUUACUUUUGGUCUCUAAAGGAAAUGUUUUAAUAAGCCAAUAGUAUACAGAAAUAAAUCAGACAAGUCAGAUUUUAUUUUUUAUUUUGUGUUAAUGAGUUUAGUGACAAGCGAUUGUUCUUUUUCACCACAGUUAAAGGUCUUGCUCAUCUUGGUUGUGCACCGAGGGAGAGUCUGUUGCAUGUCAUGGUCGACAGCUGUCGUCUACCCAAUAAAAUGAAAGCCAUCUGAGAGCAAAUGCUCAAACAAACAUUGUAUCUUCCAAACUGUCAGCCUUUAAUACCCUUUAAUGUCUCAGAUUCGCUAUUUUCUGCCUCUCCCAAACUUUAGAAUGUGGCAGCUCAAUUUAAAUCACUAAGACCUUAACACGCAACACACAGCAAGUGUUUCUUGCAUGUCUGGCGUACAUAGCUGAGCGCUACAUAAGUUAGCCAUAGAUUGCCCUUAAUUAUCAAGAUGAAUGUGACAUUUGGCAAAGUUACUUUUUAAAACAUUUUAAAGUUGAAACAGAACUGAACAUUUGAAACUUUUAUUAUUUAUUUAAAGUCUCAUGCACUGGCCCACACAUUAAGAAUCGCUGUCUUCAGAUUAAGUGAGGUACUGUUGAUUGUGUGCUAACAGGAUGCGACACAGGUGUUUGUAAGGAUUUAUGAACAGUUAUGUUUUUUUCUUACAGGCUGAUGUUCAUUCACUGACUCUUUUGAAGUGUAAACUUUCAUCAUUCAGUGUCAAUACCAUCAGCAGCCAAUAAAAGCUAUCUGUUAAUGAUCAA